CAGCUCGUGUCAUCUGUGUCUCGUGUGCGGCUGUUGAGAGACACACACUGCCGACUGCUGUGAGGACGAUUGCGCGCAACAUGGCGAGACUGGCAGUAGUCGCAAUACUUGCGAGUGUACUGACGGCCUUAUGCUGGUCCCAGGCGUUUGCGUUCGUGGGAACGGGCAUCAACCUGCACUCGACGCGAUGGAACAGCUGUGGCACUAGGGGCAUGCGCAUGGAGGUGGAGGAGCUUGAACCACUCAAUCCAGCCAUCAAGGGCAAAAAGCUGGAGAUCGUCGAUGAGGCGGAAGGGGUUUGGAAAUAUGAGUUCGACAUUGAAGCUCCCGGACCUAGGACGCAAUCUCUGCACCAUCGAAUUCUGCGAGAGAUCAAGAACAAGUCGGAUUUUCCAGGCUAUCGAAAGGGAGAGAUUCCUCCGCGACUUAUGCCAGAGGCUACCAAGUAUGUGAUUGAGGAAGUCAUGAACGAAGGUCUACAAACAGCUUUGGCUACAUACAACCUGGUUGGAGCCAAGGGAGAUGGGAGUGAGGCUGACAUCAAGAACGACAUUGAAGACAUGCUCAAGGUAUUCAAGCCGGGAAAACCUCUGUCGUUCAGUUGCACGUUUGAUGCGAAACCAAAACCUGAAGAUGAAGAUGGUGGCCCAGAGGAUGAUGCGGCAGCGGUGGACGCUACCUAGUCUUUUGAGUAGCCAUAGAAAAGGAAUCCAUCCUUGUCUUUCAUCGAUUAUCCUUCGCAAAGGAUUUAUUCCUUCGCAAAAUCGUGUUCUUUCCUGCCAUGCAUAUGUUCGACCCGAAGCGUCUCCCAACCGACUUCUUGCAAAUUUAUUGUCUUGAUUGACCAUAUGUGGACUGCCAGAUGUCGUUCAUGAACGAAUUGUAACCACGUCAACAUGGCGUACCCUGCUCUCUUUUGGCUCGGCGCUUGCGGUUGGGCGCCCUCGAAAUUGGAGGGACAACAUUAUGUGCCGGUCGGAUGUAGCUCUUUCGUGCUCCGAGUAAUUGUUUUUUAACGUUCGCAACACUUCACGAACACGGUCGUUCCUCCAGACGGCUACCGCGAUGAGCUUCCGACGUUUCGCAGCGCCUGCCAUUCAGAGCAUGCAGAGGGAUAGGUUUGUGGGCAGGACGACAUUGUUCAAAUCGCAUUAAAUAGAAACUUUUGCCCUAGCCAGCCAUGGACUGACGUGCAUACGUCAGCCUGACGGGACGCAUUCCGUGUCGUGUGAAAUUGGAUACAAGGACAAACCGCGUACGCAUAGUUAGUGAACGAAGGACCACGAUAAUCUUCUAUGAAAUGAAAAUGGUUGGUUGGUCUAGGGAAGUAGAAUUCAGUCAUGAACUAGACUGCUGGUGACCGAGAUAGAACACUCCAGUGAUUUUUUUUUUGUCUACGACACGCACUUCCCAGGAAACAAGAAUGCUUUCAUUGGGAUCGUCUCAGAGUGGGGGCGUUUCCCGUUAACACCACAACAUCGAUCGCACCUAUCAUCCACUCAGGUUGAAGGUUUACUGCUUUGAACGCCUGCAAUAUCACUUUACUGUAGCAAUGUGUUCAUCGAGCUGGUGACCCUACCCAACCAUUUGAUGCCACUCAUGACCAGAGCGCAUCCAUCCUUAUCUGAUUUGGCGCUUGAAACUCGGUAGGGGUUUUGUGCACGAUAAAGGGGAAGUUUUCGCCAGUGUUCCUUCUGAGAAAUAACUCGGACAAAUAGUACAAGAAAAGAUGACCCCCUCAGCUGUUCGCGAGGAAAUACUAUAAAUCUCGAGGACGGGUCCGGGCUUCGCUAUUAAUUAUCUCCUGAUGACCAUCCCUAACACACACUUGCCGUAAUACUGUACGGGAUGUACGGACAAACUUUUCUUUAUACCUCAAUUUCUGCCAAAUUACACUGGUGCCAUGCAGUCCUAACCCUCGCAUUAGAAAAGUAGAGCCAAACAAAUGCAGCCAAACCUCAAGACGAUUGAUUAUAAUUUCCCCGCAAGAGCACGCAAAACGAAUCAGAGAGAUUCUUGCAUAUAUAACUAGGACUAAUAAUAAAUACCAUGACAAUUGUGCCUCUUCCUGUAACGCAUUUAUCGCGAUUGUCCCAUACGAGUACUCCCGCCUUACCACCGCUGCUCGGCUUGAUGCCCUAUUAGUAGAGGACUAGACUUUUGCUAAGGUCAGGCGAACGCAUCAUCAGGUGUUUUAUAUCCGCAGUGAAACUUGUUGAGUUUUUAAUAUCGACCCUGUCAAAGCUACAGCAUGCGAUUGUCUAAACAUCUGCAGCCAUGACCUCAACUCAAGAGGAGUAAAAGGCGACCGCAAGAGAACCAAAGGGUUCCGAGGCUCUCACUUGUACUUCUUUCCGCAGGGC